AACAGCUAUACACAAACUUACACAAACAGAUGUUUUACAUUCACGGUAGCCCUGUGUUACAAGUGGUAUCCCUGUGUUUCUUCGAAACCAAACAAGAUGGCGGCCAACACCGUGGCGAAAGGGAAGGGAAGUUUGAGGAAAGCUUUGGCAAAAAAGAAACUAGCAGCUCCAUUUACACUUAAAUGGCCAAGAUUAGAACAAGAGCACUGUAGCGAGAUACUUGAAGAAAUAACGCAUAAAUUUCCACCUUGUUUGAAAAUAAAGCCAUUCUCAAAAAAGAAGCAAAAGAUGCUAAAAACAGAAAGAGCCAAAAGUUACAUUAAAGAUAUGGAAAAGCAAAAAGAAGUAAGAAAGUACUUUGUAUUUGGUAUCAAUGGAGUCACAAGAGCUCUUGAAAAAGACCAGCUUUCACUUACAUUGGUCUGUCGAUCAAUUCAGCCUGAGACCAUGACACAUCAUCUAUUGUUGCUAGGGGCAACUCGACAGACUCCAAUUCUUUGCUUACAUCAACUAAGUCCGACACUUGCUCCUCUACUGCGACUCAAACGUGUAUCAGCCAUAGGAUUUAGGAAAGCUGAGCAAUCACCAUUCACUGCCCUGGUGGAAUUUAUUAAGGAAAAGGUUCCACCAAUUGAAGUACCAUGGCUAGAAGUGGUGCCUGAACAUCAAGAUGUACAAUCUGUCCAUACGGAUUCUUCUACCAAGAGCCCUAAAGAAAAGGAUCUACAACUAUGCACCAAGAAAGCAAGCUCUUUGUUAAAAAAAAUGGCCACAGAAAAUGACCUUUUGUCACAAGAAUCCGCCAAGAAAGAUAAUAAUUUAGAAUGUCCCUCAAAGGAAUGGGGCACAACUCUUCCCAGCCUAGACGAUAAUCAGUCUUCAGACCAUUGUAUGGUUGGAAAGAAACAAACACAAAUGACAGAAAGUAGUUCACUUGACACCAUGACAGCUUGUGUGAAAAACUUGCAAAGUAUCAAAAAUGAAGAAAGCACAGAUAGUGUAACUGAGAACUCAUCCUUGAUAACCAGAAAUGAAUCAUUGACAUAUAGAAAAAGUGAAGAGGAGUCCUUUAUCCCUAGUAAACGACUAAAGUUGGAUCAAGAGAAUAGAAGUGAUGAAAAUCAUGAAGAGAAAAUAAAUAAGGAAUUAGUGGAAGAUGAGAAGGCGCCUGAUAAGGGAACAAAUAGUGAAGACACUCCUUUCAAAAGAGGUAGUUCUGAAGAAUUCCCACAUGCAAAGAAAAUAAAAGUUGAGAAUGACACAGAAGGUCAGUCAACACAUGAAAAUGAGGAGAAGGAAAAAGAGGUACAAUUUGAAGAAAAAGGUGUAGAAGUGCCAGUGGAUAAGGACUUAGACUCUUUUGCCAAAACUAUGGCAAAAAUGAGUAGUAAACUUCUGAACAAAGGAAAAAAAAGAAAGCAAUCUUACAAGCCACCUGUUGUGAAAAGUGUAGAACCAAACAAAAGUAAGAAGAAGAAGAAGAAGAAGCUUUGAGUUGGUGUUUUUUUAACAUACAUACAUUUAGAAGUGAAUAUUCAAACUUUAACAGGAUUUCAAAUUAAAGUUAACAUAUUUUAGUGUUGGCUAUUGGUUGUGCAAUCUUAUAAAGCCACCUGUUGUUAAAAGUGCAGAACCAAACAAAAAGAAGAAGAAGAAGCAAUGAGUUGAUGUUUUUUUUAACAUACAUACGGUACAUUUAGAACUGAAUAUUCAAACUUUAACAGAAUUUCAAAUUAAAGGUAACAUAUUUUAGUGUUGCCGUUUGUUGUGCAAUACCCAUUUUACUAAAAGUAAACAACUUUAAUAAAUUCGCCAAUUUCAA